GCCAAUGAGCAUGGUUUUACCAGGUGUGGUUGGAUUCAAGCUCACCGGAAAGUUACAGGAUGGUGUCACUACUACAGACCUUGCCCUUACUUUGACCCAGAUGCUAAGGAAGCAUGGUGUUGUUGGCAAAUUUAUUGAAUUCCACGGUGAGGGUGUGGGCAGCAUCCCUUUGCCUGCUAGAGCCACAAUCGCAAACAUGACUCCAGAAUAUGGCGCUACCAUGGGAUUUUUCCCUGUAGAUCAAGUGGCAUUAGAUUACCUCAGACUAAUAGGGCGAAGUGAUGAAACAGUAUCAAUGAUUGAAGCAUAUUUGCGAGCUAACAAGAUGUUUGUGGACUGCAAUGAGCCUCAAACGGGACCAGUUUACUCUUCAGAUCUUGAGCUGGACCUUACUACGGUGGAGCCUUCUGUUGCUGGCCCAAAGAGGCCUCAUGACCGGGUUCCUUUGAAGGAGAUGAAAUCUGAUUGGCAUGCUUGCCUCGGCAAUGAGGUUGGUUUCAAGGGUUAUGCAGUGCCUAAGGAACAACAUAAUAAAAUUGUGAAAUUUGACUUCCAUGGACAACCCGCUGAAAUCACACAUGGCAGUGUGGUUCUUGCAGCAGUAUGCAGUUCCACAAACUCAUCAAAUCCUAGCGUUAUGAUUGGUGCUGGCCUUGUGGCAAAAAAAGCCUGCGAAUUGGGUCUUGAGGUGAAGCCAUGGGUUAAGACAAGCCUGGCCCCUGGAUCUUUGGUUGUCACCAAAUACUUGGAACACAGUGGCCUUCAAGAAUAUUUGAACCAUCAAGGCUUCCAUCUUGUCGGAUAUGGUUGUACCACUUGUAUCGGCAACUCCGGCGACCUUGAUAAAUCUUUAUCAGAUGCUAUUGUAGAUAACGAUGUUGUUGUUGUUGCUGUGUUGUCGGGCAACCGUAACUAUGAGGGUCGUGUGCACCCUCUAACUCGAGCUAACUACCUCGCCUCACCACCUCUUGUUAUUGCAUAUGCUCUUGCUGGCACCGUUGACAUUGAUUUUGAGAAAGAACCUAUUGGAAUUGGAAAGGAUGGCAAGGAGGUUUACUUCAAGGAUGUAUGGCCCACAAAUGAAGAAAUCGAGCAGGUUAUCAAGUCCAACGUGUUGCCGAAGAUGUUCGUGGACACGUAUGGUUCCAUCACGGAGGGCAACGACGCAUGGAACAAUUUAGUGGUCCCGAAAGAGACGCUCUACCCAUGGGAUCCAAAAUCCACCUACAUCCACAAACCGGCGUACCUGGAAAAUAUAACCAUGACCCCGCCCGGCCCGCCCUCAGUGAAGGAUGCCUACUGCCUACUAAGCCUAGGGGACAGCAUCACCACCGACCACAUCUCUCCCUCAGGGGUCAUCAAGCCAGGAACCCCUGCCGCCAAGUAUCUGCUGGAGCGCGGCGUGAAGCCCGAGAACUUCACCACAUAUGGCAGCCGACGUGCCAACGACGAGAUCGUUGUGAGAGGGGCGUUUGCCAACAUUAGGAUUGUGAACAAGCUUUUGGAGGGAGAGGUGGGGCCUAAAACCAUCCAUGUCCCUACGGGGGAGAAGCAUUACGUUUUCGACGCUGCCAUGAAAUACAAGUCGGAGGGUCAUGACAUGGUCAUUCUUGCCGGUGAUGAGUAUGGAGCCGGGAGCUCCCGUGAUAGCGCCGCCAAGGGGCCAUUGCUCCUGGGCGUCAAGGCAGUGAUCGCUAAGGGCUUCGAGCGCAUCCACCGGAGUAACUUGGUGGGGAUGGGGAUCAUCCCUCUCCGCUUCAAGGUUGGCGAGGAUGCAGAUUCACUCAACCUCAGUGGGCAUGAGCGUUUCACGAUCGACCUCCCUGGCAAGAUUACCGAGAUCUGUGCAGGCCAAGAUGUGACCGUUACGACACAAAAUGGGAAAUCCUUCACUUGCACACUUUGCAUUAACACGCAAGUGGAGCUGGAAUACUUUAACCAUGGAGGCAUCCUCCCCUACCUUAUCCGCAAAUUGGCAUGACCGACCGAGGAACUGCAUUUAAAUUGUGUUAUCUAUAUGCAAUGUCAUGAUUUUUUUAUAAAUUGAUUAUUUGUACCCCUUGAUUCCAUUUUAACUUUCAUUUUUUAAUAAAUUUGUGAUGAAACAUUUAAAAAGA